AUAUGUAUAUUUUGCACAGUGUAUUUUAACAUAACGUGACAUAUAUAUGUAUAAUUUAUGUUAUACGUUAUUAAAUUGGAUAUUAAUAAUCAACAAUAAUUAUUAUAUAAUAUCUAAGUUAAAUUUUAUAUAAUUAACGAUUACAAAAAAUAUUGGUUAAAGACACAUAAUUCAAAAAAAAAUCUUGCAUAAUAAAGAGUUUAUAAGAAAAUGACAUUUGUGAAGAUAAGAAAUAUAUUUAUAUAUAUAACGAGAUAAGGAAUAAUCAAUAAUUGUAUUUGUAUAUUUUUUGAAAUUGCUAAAAAAACACGAUAUUACAAUCUCAACAAACCUCUUGUAUUUCCUGAAACUAUCAAUUUUCAAUUCAAUAUGCAAAUUAUUGGUCCAAUAACACCGAAGAAAUUUUACACUUUAAAAUUUUGAUAAUAGAUUCGAUAAUUGAUUGUGCAUCUAUUCUCUUUUCUGUUCUUUUCUCUCUUUUUAGUUAAUAUAUCAAAUUGAAGCUCAAUAAAAUUAUGCGAAUAUGCGGAUCUUAUCUCAGUCUGAUAUUCACUCAUUAGAAAAUAUCACUAUCAUGUGAAUUAAAUGUUUAUCUCGUUUGCAUAAUCCUAGAUCCAACAGAUCUUUGCGUGAUAUACGUUGAACUUUUGUCGUUCCCAAUAUUUUCAAUUGUUUAAACAGAAAUAAAAUGACACAUUUUAUGUCGCAAUAUAAACUGUAAUGUCAUAUAUAAAUUAUGACAUUACCAGAAUAGAUUGAAUAAUGCGUCCUUGUUAUAAAGUUAUGCUAAAAUACAGCAUCCGAAUCCGAUAAAGAUUGUGAUAAAAUUAAGUACAGAUUGUUUGACUUCUUAUAUCUUCAAACUAAGAGUGUCAUUCUAUUUGUCCAUGUACAGAUAAGGUAAACUUGCAGCGAUAUUAAACGACUAAUCUUGCAAUGGAAAGGUUUCCCUGACGCGCAGUUACAACUUGUUUCAAUUUCAAUUAACGUCGACUCUUUUACCGUCGCGUCAUUUUGAAAUUAAUUCUCGCAAAAUAUAAAAAAUUUUUUAACAUAAAAUAUAAAAUCGCUAUUCAAGAUUUGAUAAGAAAAUUUUUAGAAUCAUAAGAUUACACAGUUUGAUGUACCUCGAGAAAGGUGUAGGAUUGAAAUUUUUUGACUUAAAUAGAUAUAUGUCAAAGAUAUAUUUCCGAAACUCAUUUGCAAAGCAGUAAAAAUGACGAAAAUGGAAGACAAAAGUCUGAGCGAGGUACUUGCGGUAAAAGAUCGAACAAAAAUAACGAAAUCGAGUGAACCGGCGGAUGUCGGACCGUUAAAAUUGAAGGUAUAUAAAAAGAGAUGGCUAAUACUGAUCGUCUAUAUGGUUUAUGCUGGAGCAAACUCUUCUCAAUGGAUAGAAUACUCGAUUAUAACUAAUAUAGUUAUUAGGUAUUAUGGAGUGUCUUCGUUAAUGGUUGACUGGACUUCGAUGUCAUUCAUGGCGUUUUACUCGGCGUUUAUAUUCCCAGCGUCGUACGUGACAGACAAGUACGGUCUACGAUGGGCCACCAUCAUAGGCGCAGGUUUAAACUGCCUGGGUGCCUGGAUAAAAACUUUUUCCGUUCAACCCGACAGAUUUUACAUCACUUUUAUCGGUCAUUCGGUGGUCGCGCUCGCGCAGACUGUGGUUCUGCCGUUACCAGGACGCUUGGCCGCGCAAUGGUUUCCUUCUACCCAACACUCAAGGGCCACGUCUUUGGGUAUUUUCGGCAAUCAAUUGGGAGUGUCGUUGGGUUUCCUCUUAGUGCCUAUAAUAGUGAAAAAUCAUGACAGCCUUGAUGACAUCGGCAAAGACUUGACGCGCUUAUGUUGGAUCGUUGCAAUCCUCGGCACGAUUGUAUUCGGUCUGGUGCUUUUAUUAUUUCAGGACGAACCGAAACUGCCGCCGAGCGAGACGCGGGCGCUGCAAAAAAUGAAUCAAACGAAGAAAAGGGAAGAGUUCAUGGCGCCGAUUAAAAGGCUCUGCAAAAAUAAAAGCUACAUCAUACUCUGUAAUUCCUAUGGUUUGAACGUCGGCGUGCUGAAUGCCGUGUCUACAUUACUCAAUCAGAUAUUCCUCGCACACUUUGAGAACGGGGAGGAAGAUGCAGGCAGAAUUGGCUUGGCUAUAAUUCUGACCGGUAUGGCCGGUUCCGUUAGCUUCGGUGUCAUCCUUGAUAAGACGCAUAAGUUCAAAGAAACUGCCGUGACUGUGUAUUUCCUUACAUUUUGUGGUCAAAUAUUAUUCGCCGUGUCCAUUUACUUUGGCAUAAAAUGGAUGGUAUAUGCAUCGGCGAUCUUCUUAGGAUUCUUCAUGUCGGGAUAUAUAGCAAUGGGAUAUGACUUGUGCACUGAAUACACAUACCCAGAAUCAGAGAAUAUACCCGCGGGAUUUAUCAAUAUAGCAACCUGCAUGUACGGAAUUAUUCUCACCAUAAUAUUUGGAUUAUUACUGAAUGCGUAUGGCGACAUUCCGGUACACGUCGGCUUAUGCUUGACUUUGCUGUUCGGUUUCAUCUUGACCGUCAUAACAAAAGAUGAGCAAAGACGACAAGAUGCGAAGAAGAAGGCUCAGUAUGAAGGAAUCGGGAAAAUGGAGAAGAACGUCGACGGUGUUCCAGAAACUGAUCAACUGACUCAUAGCGUUAAUUAAUAAACACAAAUAAUAUCAAGUCUUUCGAUACCAAUAAGUUUUCGAACAGACAUGAUUUUUUUCAUAUUCUCUAAUUUUUACCAAUGUUAGUUUUAUUAUAUCUCCUAGGGAGGUCAUGUAUUAUAAUAAUGAAGCUAAAAAAAAAUUAUAUCGCAGAUGAAAAUUACGCGUCGCUUUCUACACGACCGUAGGACCGUAAGUGUAUUAAAAUUAAAUCCUUUUUUUUACGAAAGAAACUCUUGCCAACAAGUAAUAUAGCAUACUUUGAUAUUGCCCCUACCAUAAAAUGGAAUGAGAUUACUCCGACAAGAUUAACUCUACAGUAUAGUAGCAAAAAGGAUUUAACAUUGCAUAGUACUCCUUUAAAAAGGAAGCAAUGAGAAUCAUGUGCAACAUUGAAACUAAAACCUGAUUAUUUUUCUUUUUAGAAAUUAUAAAUGAUUACCAAUUUAUUUCACUGUGAUUAUUUCUACUUAAUUCUAUUUAACAUUUUAGUAUAAUUUCGUAUACGUAUUGAGUGUACAAUUAAUUCAAAAUGACAAACAUCUGUAUAAUAUAAAAUUAUUAAAAUCGGUUUUACAUUUCA